GGGAGAGUCAGAGACAGUCACAAAAGCAGGUUCCAGUAACCGCUGGGAUUUAAAGACGGAUUUCAUUCUCUAACUUGUGCACUUUCCUGUUGCAGACAAUAGUGAAGGUAGAACCAGCUAUUAGGCAACAAAAGACUUAUCCUCCAGUUCUCAGAGUGAAAUGCGGAUUUACAUCUUUCCUUGAAUAAUUAGCUUUUUCCCCACAUGCCUAGUGGAAAUGCUGCAAACAGCUCAAAUGAGUCCUGGACUACUGGACAAGCAAAACAUCAGCGAAAAUGAAAUUUCUGCCUAUAGUAUAGGCCAAGGAUCUCCUUUGCCUGGGGAAACAGCCAGCCCCCGAAGCUGUUUUCAGAGCCCAUGCUUGCCAGACUCUGGAUUAACAGAAUUUAAUGUUGCAAGUCCCAAGAUCGGUCCUCUUUCCCUAGGUAAACAGCAGGAGAUGUCUGCUCUGACCGACCCUGGGCUUAGCACGGACCCCCCUCAGAGGCAGUAUGUAGGUGUGAGGGUAAGACUGCCCGUGCGGGAACUUCUGCGAAAGAUUCGCCUUUCCAAAGGCAUGGACCCCAAUGACACCAAGGACGAACGACAAACAAAAGCAACUAAAGGAUGCUCAGGAAGAGCAGAAAAAAGAAGAGCUCACCCUUAUACAGAGAAACAGCCCAAACAGAGCAAGAACAGUUCUGGGAAAUCACGAAAAGCCUUGGAGGACCUCGACAUCCUGGUGGAGGUACUGGAGGAAGAUUUGAACCGCAGCCAAUCUAAGCUAGAGUCCCUGAGUCCUCAGCCAGCCUGCUUCACAGUCUUCCCAGACCUGCCAUCUGCUUGGUGGGAAGCUGAAGGCAGCACCUCACUAGCUGGUAGCCCUCCAGAAAGCUGCCAGGACUUGACAAAAUUGCAGCCAUGCCAGCUGUUCCCCAGUUGUAAUGCACUACUGAGCAGACAGGCAGAGAAUUAUUACGAGGAUGAUUAUACAAAAAUGCAACCCCCAAGGUCCUCGGAAGUACCACUCCCAAAUCCAAGCAAGGAAGAGAGCAGCUGGCAGAUGCAAGCUACAUCAGCCAAGUAUUCCCAGAGGAACUUCCAGGGACUUUCUGGACAAGAUAGGCAUUUCUGCCACAACCUGCCUGGACAAAGGCCAGAGAAGAUUGUGGGAACUAGUCCAAACUCCCUAGACUGUGUGACACAUUUGAAGUCAACUUUGGGGGCCCUCUCACGGCAGGACCUUUCUGCUGUCUCUUUCUUCCAGUUCCAGCUCCACUGGGAAGAGAAUCUCCUGAGAAAUAUUCCAGUGGACAAGUUGCUUGAACCUGAUGAAAAUGGAAACAGGCUGCUGCACAAAGCUGUCACUCAGGGAAAGAGAGCACUGGUUUAUGCACUUGCACGGAGAUACGCAUGUCUGAACAAAAUUGAUGAGAAGGACGCAGCAAAACGGACUGCUUUACACCUAGCUGUUGAAAAGAACCAGCACCUGAUGGCCAGUGACCUGAUUUCCCUGGGAGCUAAUGUCAAUGAACAGGACAGUUUGGGGAAAACGCCACUCCAUCUCAGUGCAGAGAAUGGAUACUUGAGAGUUUUGGAAGUUCUGAGAAACUGUGAGGCAAGGGGCCUGCAAGUGGAAGUGAACGUACCGGAUCAUUAUGGUUUAACCCCAUUACAUUGUGCAGCACGUGCUCACACUAUGUUAAUGGUGGAAGCCCAAAGAAAAGACAUCACCACCGAUGCAAGGAGGUUUCUCAAGUUGCGCAGAGAUCAAAUUCUUGAGGGAAUCAGCUGCUUACUACAAAUGGGUGCAGACCAUGGCCUGCAGAUACUGAAAUCCUAUCAAACUACAACUUCCUAUUUAAAAGCCCAAGAGAAUCAUGAGCUGAUGCUUUUCCUGCAGUCUCACAGCCACAUGGGGCAGGACUUUUCUCAAGAGGGCUGCAGCUUGCCAAGCAGCCUGAGAGGAAUGACCUUUCCAGACCUACCAGAAGAAGUUUCUGAGCUUCUUCCCACUUUAAACACGUGCUCAUAGAUGUUUGAUAAAAAAGGCAAAGAUGAAUAUGUUUCAAGUGUGUUUUCUACUUGUGACUCAGAAGAAAGUGACGGUGAGAAGAUUGGAAGUCAAAAGGAAGAUGACAUCAACUCAAAAAGGAAGAACGCAGACUAA